AUGUGCACCUCAGUAGCGCUGAGUGGUACAUUCCAAAGCUUGAUCAAAGAGAUAAAGGCGUUGCAGAACGAGCAAGAAAAAAUGAUGCAUGAAUUGAGCACAAAUUUUUUCAUUACGGAGCAAAUAUUAGCGGCUUUGUUGGAUCCUGCCCACGAAUAUUCAUUACCAAAUGGUGAUAGCUUAGAUCUCCAUAUUCUUAAAAGGUCCAAUCCUGACAUCACAGUGUGUAAAAAUUUAUUGCAAGUGUUACUGCGCCUUAAAGAGUGUUAUGGUGUACUUUUGAAGUUAACUGAAAAUACGUUCCUGAAUUCAGCAAGAAUUGCGAACAUGGCCUUCCUGAUCCGCAUAUUUUUGGCACACGGGGAUGAGCUCACACCAGGAAAGAUUAAAUUUUCCCUGGGAUUGGAGGUGAAUGGACCUGGUGGAUAUGAUACACGUAAUGUAGAGGGCCGUAACAUCGGUAGGUAUAUCGGAAAUGCAUCGAUACAUGUGCACACAAAUUCUACGAAGGUAAUUGCUAACAAGCUGUUCAUAACCUUGAAAAUGGAUUUGAACCGAAAAUAUGAUGACCUUGAUUUAAUACGUCUAAACGGCACAGGUAAAGGUGGUAAAAUGGAAGAGAGACUGGAUUAUAUGUUCAAAAGCAGGAAAAGAAGACGGUUUGGUAAGAAGAAACGUGUGAGAAAGCGGGAGGGCAUGUUAAAGAAGAUUGAGAAGGAGUUGGGCGAGAAAAAAACUAACUAGUACUACAAUACACUCAGCACGACUCGCAGCCGUGUACAUACGCAACACUGUUACUUCAGUGAAUGCUCCGGUGCUAUUGCAACGGGCAGAACGCCCACAACAAACCAAUAUAAUGAAGGUGCUAUUGCACUGAACCGAUUGGAGAGCAUUUUAAGCGCUGUUUACGCACAUGCCAUUUGAAUUGUACAAAAUCAAGUGCAAUGACACUCGAAAUAUCGCUGAACUAAAACUAUGACCUUGUUUGCCUGUGACCUCAAUUUCAAUAAAGCAUUUUAAUCCUCUA